AUGAGUUUAGUACAAUCAACAAUGUUCAAUCAUCAUUUAAAUCGAUCGGGAUCUUCAUCCCAUCAUCAUAGAUCUAGGAGUUUUGAAUUAUUAAAACAAGUUAACAAUAUCCAGUCUAAUAAAAGAUCAUAUAGUGAUGAUUUACACUCACAACUGAAAAGAUCAAAAACUGCACCACCUUCACCGCCUUAUGAUAAUAAAUUAAUUACCCCGGAACAAAAAUUAUCACUUAAAAAUAUAAUUAAACCAAAUAUAAAUUUAAGAUCAAGAAGUUUAUCACCAAAUAAGAAAUUUAUAAAUCCAUUAUCUCCAUCAAAUUCACCAAAAUCAUCACCAAUUACAUCACCAGAAACUAUGAAAAUUAAAUUACCAAGUAUAAGUGCCGCUUUAAAUCAAGUACAACCAUUAACUGAAGAACCAAUUAAAUUAAAACCAAUUACUCCAUCAACUGAAUACUUUGAAGAAAAUUCGAGUUCUUGGAGAUAUGAAUUAUUAGAUAAAAUUACAAAACAAUCAAAACAUUUUCAUUUAAAUCAAUAUAACUACCUUAAUAAUCAUGCUCAACAACCUACGUCAGUGUUAUUACCAAAAAUUAAAACUGCAGUUGAUCUACCAUAUGAAUCAUCAAAUUAUACGUACAAUAUAAAUAAAUUGAAAGAAAUUCCAGAAUACCUUGAAUUAGCACAAUCAUUGAUAUCACUAUCAGAACCAAAACCAGUAUACUAUCCACCAGCACCAAUUACUCAUAAAUUUAUACCAAUAACGACACCUCCAAAGAAGAAAAGUGAAAUAUCGCCGAAGACUAGCCACCACCAUCAUCAUCAUCAUCAUGCAACAAGAAUAUGUUUAUCAUGUAGUAGUGAUCAAUCACCAUGCUGGAGACCAUCAUGGUCUAUAAAAGAAGGACAAUUAUGUAAUUCAUGUGGAUUAAGAUAUAAGAAAACAUCAGCAAGAUGUUUAAAUGAUAAAUGUAGAAAAAUUCCUGCAAAAGGAGAAUGGUCGUUAAUGCAAAGUAAAGAGAAGGUUAAAUUUGAAGAUGGUCAUGAAGGAUAUAGUUGUUUAGAAUGUGGAUGGAGAGUUGAAGUUAAAAAGUAG